AUGCUACACAUCGGCCGCAGAGUGGGCGAGUAUUGGUUCGCGAAGCUGGAUGAUGACAACCAGUUUGCGAGCAUGUCUCGCAUUUUGGCGCACUACCUCUCAAACGCAAGACAGUACGACCGGACGUGCACCAAUUCCGCGGAACAACAGCUUGAAUAUCCGAUUACGCGAAAAUCCAGCACAUUACAAAACGAUGUUUCGUAUCUAUCACGUCUUGAAGCACAAAUCGCACUGGUCGUCGCAUAA